CUAUUUCUCUCAUCUCCAUUCUUCUCCUCUUUUCCCCUUCUUCUCUUUCUCUUUCUCUCUAGAAUCCUUCCCCCCCCCCCCCUUCCAUUAACACAAAGGAUUCAAGAGAAAUCGAAAGAGGGGAGAGAUGGGGCAACAAACGUUGAUAUACAGUUUUGUUGCCCGGGGAACGGUGAUUUUGGCUGAAUAUACUGAGUUCACAGGUAAUUUCAAUAUCAUUGCCUCGCAAUGCCUCCAGAAAUUACCUGCAUCCAACAAUAGGUUCACCUACAAUUGUGAUGGACACACUUUCAAUUUUCUCGCGGAGAAUGGAUUUACCUAUUGUGUGGUUGCUACUGAAUCAGCAGGCAGACAACUUCCCAUUGCGUUUUUGGAACGUAUUAAGGAUGAUUUUAGCAAGAAAUAUGGUGGAGGAAAAGCUACUACUGCUGCUCCUAAAAGUCUAAGCAAAGAAUUUGGGCCAAAAUUGAAAGAGCACAUGAAAUAUUGUGUUGAUAAUCCUGAAGAAAUUAACAAACUUGCUAAGGUGAAAGCUCAAGUUUCAGAAGUUAAGGGAGUGAUGAUGCAAAACAUUGAAAAGGUUCUUGAUCGUGGUGAGAAGAUUGAACUUCUAGUUGAUAAAACAGAAAAUCUUCGAUCACAGGCACAAGAUUUUAGGCAACAGGGAACCAAGAUAAGAAGGAAGUUAUGGUAUGAAAAUAUGAAGAUUAAACUAAUUGUGUUAGGGAUUAUCAUAGCUUUGAUUCUCAUUAUCAUUUUAUCAGUUUGCCCUGGCUUUAAAUGCAUGUCUUGAAUAAUUAAUUUGCAUCAAAUUC